GUGGCUGUUAAAUUUUAAACUGCCAUGCACUCGGCUUCCAGUAUGCUGGGAGCGGUGAAGAUGGAAGGGCACGAGCCGUCAGACUGGAGCAGCUACUAUGCCGAGCCCGAGGGCUACUCCUCGGUGAGCAACAUGAACGCCGGCCUAGGGAUGAACGGCAUGAACACGUACAUGAGUAUGUCGGCGGCCGCCAUGGGCAGCGGCUCAGGCAACAUGAGCGCCGGUUCCAUGAACAUGUCGUCGUACGUAGGCGCAGGCAUGAGCCCGUCCCUGGCGGGCAUGUCCCCUGGCGCGGGCGCCAUGGCAGGCAUGGGCGGUUCGGCCGGGGCGGCCGGCGUGGCGGGUAUGGGGCCGCACCUGAGUCCGAGCCUGAGCCCGCUCGGGGGCCAAGCGGCCGGGGCCAUGGGCGGCCUAGCCCCUUAUGCCAAUAUGAACUCCAUGAGCCCUAUGUAUGGGCAGGCUGGCCUGAGUCGCGCUCGCGACCCCAAGACAUACCGGCGCAGCUACACGCACGCCAAACCACCCUACUCAUACAUCUCGCUCAUCACUAUGGCCAUUCAGCAAAGCCCCAACAAGAUGCUGACUCUGAGCGAGAUCUACCAGUGGAUCAUGGAUCUCUUCCCUUUCUACCGGCAGAACCAGCAACGCUGGCAGAACUCUAUCCGCCACUCUCUCUCCUUCAACGACUGUUUCCUCAAAGUGCCGCGCUCACCCGACAAACCUGGCAAGGGCUCCUUCUGGACCCUACACCCCGAUUCGGGCAACAUGUUCGAGAACGGCUGCUACCUGCGGCGCCAGAAGCGCUUCAAGUGCGAGAAGCAGCUGGCUCUGAAGGAGGCCGCUGGCACCUCCGGCGGAAACAAAAAGGCAAUUGCUGGGGCCCAGGCCUCGCAGGCUCAGCUGGGGGAGACCGCUGGGCCAGCCUCUGAGACUCCGGCGGGCACCGAGUCGCCCCACUCGAGCUCCUCUCCUUGCCAGGAGCACAAGCGAGGGUCCCUGGGGGACCUAAAGGGGACAUCGGCCGCAACGCUGAGCCCCCCGGAGCCAGCGCCCUCGCCAGGGCAGCAGCAACAGGCCGCAGCUCACCUGCUGGGCCCGCCUCACCAUCCAGGCCUGCCCCCGGAGGCCCAUCUCAAGCCGGAACACCACUACGCCUUCAACCAUCCCUUCUCCAUCAACAAUCUCAUGUCCUCAGAGCAACAACACCACCACAGCCACCACCACCACCAACCCCACAAAAUGGACCUCAAAGCCUAUGAACAGGUGAUGCACUACUCCGGCUACGGUUCUCCUAUGCCCGGCAGUCUGGCCAUGGGCCCGGUCACGAACAAAGCUGGCCUGGACGCUUCACCCCUGGCCGCAGACACCUCCUAUUACCAGGGAGUGUACUCACGGCCCAUUAUGAACUCUUCUUAAGAAGAAGGGCUGCAGGCCUGGCUGGCUAUGGCAGCCAGGGGCAAGGACAUAAAGAGAGCAAAAGUGAGGUUGAGACUUCGGGAAGGAAGUGUUGGAGAGAUGGGUAUGGGUGGGAAGAAAUCCAGUAAACUCCCUAUCCCCAGUACCGAAAUCUCUCCACCCUCUGCAGCCCUUCCCUCACAAAGAUGGGUCACAUGGACACCUAUCAUUCUAUAUAAGGGGAGAAAGGAGAAACAAACAAACAAACAAAAAUAAUAAUAAUAAUAAUAAUAAGCCCUCCAGUUUCCACUACUGGGUAGACUCCUGCUUCUUUAAGCACCUGCAGAUUCUGACUUUUGUUGUUGUUGUUGUUCUCCAUUGAUGUGAUUGCAGGGAAGUCUUAUUUAAAAAAAAAAAAAAAUGUGUGAGUGACUCAGUGUAAAACCAUGUAGUUUUAACAGAACCAGAAAGUUGUACUAUUGUUUUAAAAGAGAAAAAAAAAAUGAUGUAAGGGUCUGUUGUAAAUGAAUAAGAAAAA